AUGGCGAGUCUGUGCAAAAGGCAGCAAUGCACGAUAGAGAGGCGCGGCUUUCGGCAGGAACUUGACUCUUGGAGGCACAAACUCAUUCACUGUGUAGGCUUUGAAAGCAUCUUGGAAGGCUUGUUUGGGCCAGGACUAGUCAAAGAUAUCACCCUUUUCCAAGACUGCGAGCCAGAAGAAGUGUCAGACUGGUCCUUCGAUGAAAACUGUCUCUUCUGCUGCUUAAGACGUGAGAGAGUCAAGGAUUGUCUCAGCUUGCACAGCAGCCAGGUGCUGUCGGAGUGUGAAGACUUCAAACAGGAGCAGUCUCGGAUCAGCCGGCUGGAGAGACAGGCCCAAGACUUCCUCAAUGCUGUGUUCCACAGAAAAGACCUCCCAAGUUUCUCAGAACCUCACAUUCCUCUAGUGGCUCGUGAGAUCAUGCAGCGAAUGAUCCGCCAGUUCGCUGCCGAAUAUACCUCAAAAACUACUCAGGACGACUCGCCCCUGCCCAACGGCACCAUGAAGGACCAAAGCCUGCCGAGAGCGGCGUCUCUGGCCCAGGCCCCCGCGGGAGGAACGGUCGUCGCCUCUGCACAGAACCCCGUCCUCAGCAAGCUUCUCAUGACCGACCAGGACGGCCCGCUGGACCUCUCCGUGAAAAAGAGCCAGGACGACCCGGAGCCCACUCAGCAGGAUGGUGUCCUGGACCUCUCCACCAAGAAGAACCACAGCGCAGGCAGCCUGAAACCCGGCUUCCCCCCUACGCCUGCGGUCAAAGGACGUUCCUCCAAAGUGGAGCACAAUCUAGCUGAGGUGGAUGAGGACGAUGGCCUGCUGCAGAGAAGCUUGCAUGAUGGACUGAGGGAGAACUUCGUCCACUCCAACUCCUUCAAGCCUCCGUUGGCCCGCUCCCUUCGUAUCAAGGAAGAGCUGCUCAGCCAGAAGCACCGCCUGCUGAGCCAGCCUGCUGCUCUCUCAUUGGCUAACCUAGAGUCAGCCGGCUUGCUCAAUCACGGCCAGUCCCACUCCUUGCUUGGCCAGAAGGGUUCUUCCUCUUUCUGGGGGAGCAAGGCCCACCUGGAAAGCCUGUUGAAACUGAAGCAGGCCAGUGGAGCUCUAAGCGGCGCACUCAGUGACCUCAAAGACCUGCCUACAUUCCUGGAGAAUCACCACCACGGAGCCUUCUCUUACAAGAGUUCCCUCCAUCAUCAUCAUCACAAUCAGGUCUCCAAGGCCCACCACAUCGAGGGGAAGAGAGACCAGGGCCACUCACCUCCUGUUGACCUCAAGAUCCCCCAGGUCCGGGGUAUGGAUCUGUCCUGGGACUCCCCUGCCUCUGAGCUGUACGGCUACGGCUCCAUGGGGGUCGGAGGUGGCUGCCAUGGGGAGAAUACUCUUAGCCGGAAGCUGAGAGCCAUCCUGCCCAAGCAAAACCGCCGUGGAGGAAGCCUUGGAAGCCUGCUGGACGGGGCGGCUGACUACUGGAGCUCUGAUUUGGACCACUCCGGUUCUGGGCCGGCGUACUCCACCUCCGACGUGGAAGGCGACCCGAACUCAAAGCAACCGAGGAAGAAACGGGGCCGCUAUCGCCAGUACAACAGCGAGAUCCUGGAGGAGGCCAUAGCGGUGGUGAUGAGCGGGAAGAUGAGCGUGUCCAAGGCCCAGAACAUGUACGGGAUCCCGCACAGCACCCUGGAGUACAAGGUCAAGGAGCGCAUGGGAACCCUGAAGAACCCCCCAAAGAAGAAGCUCAAGCUGAUGAUGAAGAUGGAGGCAGGAGCCCAGGAUUAUCCGGCCGAGUCGGAGAACACGCCCACCGCAACCCCACGAGACGACGGCCAGCCUCUGGCUGCUGCUGAGCUCAAGGACCAUGUAAAAGAAGAGAUUGAAGACAAUUUCAAACCAAUCGACUAA